CUGACCAAGGAUGAGUUUCUCACUACCCUCGGCGAAGACUGGAAAGUCCCUGGCCCCAAGAUCGACUACCUGGAUUAUCGUUGCGGAAAGAUAAAGGCUCCUGGAAAGUUGUCACUGCAGUCGCGCGCAUACAUUCACUUGACCAACGAGCAACACAUCAAGCCCUUCGAAGCCCACUUCUUGCAACUCACCUUCCAUGAUGCCAAAGGCUCCCACAGGGAUCCUCAGCUCAAGCAACUUCUGCCCUCUCUUGCCUUCGCUCCCAAUCAGCGCAUCCCUACCAACAAGCAACGCCAGGACGGCCGCCAAGGCACAAUCGAUCAAGACCCCGAAUUCAUUGCCUUUCUGGAACGUGAGACCCAGCCCGUCGCCAAACCUCUCUCUCUCGACCAGGCUCUUGCCCAAGAGAAGCCCAAGGACAAGGUUUCGUCCACCCCUCUGUUGGAUGACUUGCGCGAGAAGAAGCAGAACAAGGCUAGGGCCAACCAGAAACACAAGGAGGAGAAAAAUGCAGACAAGUCUUCGGGUAGAGGCCGCGACAACAAGUCUGACGCCAAACAGCCCGUGAAGCUCCUCGCAAAGGACAAGAAGAAUCAAUCUGCUCAGCCUCCCACUGCUAACUCUCCUGCUCCUGCUGCUUCAUCCAAACCAGCCAAAUCCAGAUCCGGCCGCAACAAGGAGAAGGCAGCCGCUCAGAGCGCUGCACAGGAGAACUCGAAGCCCGCUGCUCCUGCUCCAACUGGUAUUCUCAAGAAGCCCGCUCAACAGCCUGCACCCAAGGCUCCCAAGGCCGCCAAAGGAAACAAUGGCGCUACUCCGGCACCUGCUUCAGCGCCAGCUUCUGCUAACAGACAGCCCAAGGCUUCAGCGAAUGCAGCUAGCAGCACCACAAAGGCUUACCUCAAGCACGCAAAUGCUUCUCAAGGUGUGACUGAACCCCUGCUCCUUGCUGCUCUGUCUGCGUUCGGCCCCGUCAUCAAGGUCGAAAUUGACAAGCGCAAGGGUACCGCUCUGGCUGAGUUCAAGGACAACGAGGGAUUGAAGGCUGCCAUGGCUAAGAAGAGUGUUCCCGUUGCCCAGGGCGCUGUCGAAGUGCUCGAGUUCAGGGACAAGCAAUCUCAAGGCGGCCGCAACGCCCCAGCUAACAACAACCCCAGAGGUGGU